GUACCUUUAAUUAGCCGUCGCUCUGUAGCCGGCGGGCGCUGUCAGGUAAUGUCACCAUGCCCAAAAAGAUCGCGAUUUUCAUGUAUAAAUAACAUGGGUGCCAAACCAGACGGCAUAGUCUCAUUUCGACAACCAUAACAGUAACAAUGGUAGCCAAGUUCAUCGUUGUCCUCACCCUGGCUGUCGCAGCUUCAGCCGUGCCUUUAGUACCAAUCGGCAAUGUAGCCUACGCCGAACCCGAAGCGCCAGCCCACUACGAGUUCUCAUAUUCAGUGCACGACGAACACACCGGCGACAUCAAACAGCAACAAGAAUCCCGCGCUGGUGACGAAGUUCACGGAUCCUACUCCUUAGUCCAACCCGACGGUGUCCACCGCAUCGUUGAAUACACGUCGAACAAGGAUGAAGGAUUCAACGCUGUUGUGCGGUACGAGGGACAGCCAAUCGCCGCCCCCGCUCCCGUUAAGCUCGCCGCUCCCGUUGCCAAGUUAGCGUACGCUGCUCCCGUUGCUAAGUUGGCGUAUUCCGCUCCCGUUGCCAAGGUCGCCUACUCCGCACCCAUUGCCUACCACGCACCUGUCGCUAGAGUCGCCUACUCCUCUCCAAUCUCUUACGCCUCUCCUAUCGCCAAGUUCGUCAUCGUCCUCGCUCUGGCUGCGGCCGCCUCCGCCGGGCUCGUCCCCGUCGCCAAGGUGGCGUACGCGGAACCGGAAGCGCCCGCGCACUACGAGUUCCAGUACUCGGUGCAGGACGGCCACACCGGUGACGUGAAGCAGCAGCAGGAGGCGCGCGCCGGAGACGCCGUGCACGGCUCCUACUCGCUGGUGCAGCCGGACGGCGUGCAGCGCAUCGUGGACUACACCGCCGACGCGCUGCACGGGUUCAACGCCGCCGUGCGCUACGAGGGACACCCCGUCGCCGCGCCCGCCCCAGCCAAGCUCGCCUACGCCGCGCCCGUCGCCAGAGUAGCCUACGCCGCGCCCGUCUCCUACGCCGCUCCCGUCGCCAGAGUAGCGUACUCCGCUCCCGUCGCCUACGCCGCUCCCGUCGCCAAAGUGGCUUACGCCGCUCCCCUCGCCCAAGUAUCCUACUCCUCUCCCGUCGUCUCCUACCACCACUAGACUAUGCCAAAUUGACUGUUAAUUUGUAGAUAACUAAUUUAUUCAUGUGAUAUAAAUAGAUAGAAAUAAAAUAUUUGUUUAUGUUU